AUGGACUCCUCCUCAUCCGCCAUGGAAACAGAAUCCCAUGGGGUACCAGACAGCGAGUUUGCGCAUUCUCCCUGGGUCGAGCUGGGCACCUUCACCUCCCCGCAGCACUCACCGCCGAUCCCAGAAUAUAGCGGGUUUGACUACCACCAGUCGCCGCUAAUGGUGGAUGCGACCUACGGCAUGUCAAUACCGCCUCCCUACGCCCCGAUGCCGCUCCCGAUGCCGUCGCAUUCCUGGCCCAGCAUGCUCACCCAUCAUCAAUCACCUUUCCACGAAUCCGGCCUGCCCCCGGCCCCAGUCCCCACCUCUGUCUCCCCCUCUGCGCCUGCGCCUCCGGUUCGAAAGACAUCUACUGGAGGGCCGACGCCGCGCAGGACGCUUACCGACGAAGAUCGACGGCAGAUGUGUCUAUACCAUGAAGAGAACAAGCAGGCCAAACAAACUGAUAUUGGAGCACUAUUUGGAGUGGAAAGAAGCACUGUUUCCAAAGUCCUGCGCCAGAAAGAGAAAUAUCUGAACCCCGAUGAUGGAAGUCGGUCUCCCAUCAAGCGGGCCAAGGGCCGAGUCCCAGAUGUGGAGAAGGCGCUAUCGAAUUGGGCCAGAAAGAAUCAACGCGAGGGCUUCCCAAUAAGUGACGAAAUGAUCAAGCAGAGAGCCUUCGUUUUCGCAAGCACCUGCGUGUGCCCCGAGGGCAAUGAGAAGGUGCUGACCUCGAGCUGGCUGGAGAAAUUCAAGCAAAAGAACAGCAGCCUGUUGGGCGCAAAGCCGCGAAAGGGCUCUUCGGACCGGAACGGCGAGCGCAGCGAGUCGGACAGCCCGACUCGCACCAACACCGAUUCUGCAAACGAGUCGAUUAUGCACAGCCCUAGCGGACGUUCGCCGGUGUCUCCGGCGAAUGGAUUUGGCUCACCCCGAUCUCCUGCGCGCAGCCAAGAGGGUGUGAAGAGAGAGCCGGUCGAUGAACUUCCCGAGCUGACAGGCGGGUACCAACACGGUCAUUCGAAAAGCACCACCUCCCUGGAUACGUCAUCCUCCGUAGGAAUGACCAGCCCUACAUCCACGCUUGUCUCUGACAGCCCCUUCACCCCGACAAGUCAACAACGACUCCCAACUUCUGGCGUCAACACCAACCGUCCCCGCAGCCAGACCUUCCCCCUUGUCCCGAUUGACCCCAGUCUCCUGUCCGCCGACGAGUCGCAGUGCACCAAGCAAGAGCAGCAAGAGCAGCAAGAGCAUCAAUACGGCGUGACCAUCCUGCAAUCACCUCUAGAAAUGGGUGAAGACGAAUCCCGUGUUGCGAUCAAGGGGACUGACCCCUCAAAAAUGAUCAAGCGCAACCGCAGCAACCCGGAGAUCAAGACCAAGUCUAUGCAGCCGCCACCGGCAGUCUCCAAGUCUAGCACCAUUUCACCUAUCAGCGCCCCUAGCUCUCCGACACAGGAUGAGGCAAGACGUGCGCUAGAGCUCGUCAUGAACUAUUUCCAGCAUCAGCCUGCCGGUCUUGCUGCUCAGGAGUACGUGACUAUCGGCAAGCUGAUGGAGCGUCUUGAGCUGGCGAAGAGCCAGCAGAGCACCCUGCUGGGCGGGCUGACCAGGAUUGAUGAACAUGAUGAUGUUCCCCGCGUCAACAAGAAGCGCAGCAUUCGUAACAUCGGGUGA